CGUUCGGUUUUCUGAAUAUUCGCCAGGGGGAGAUUUCUGCAGAAAGCAUUGACUCCUAAAACGCUGAACUAUCGCUCAGUGAGACACGUUCUGUGGUGGGACACGGCUGCCGAAUCCAACUACAACUGCAAGACUAAAGCACCUGCUGUAUCCUACCACUCUUGAGCACAAAAAUGGAAGGGCAAGAAGUGGAGCAGACACUACACCAGCUGGAAUCAGUAUCUGAGAGACAGGAGCAGCAGCAGCAACAUGUUGUAGAAAAACAGGAAGAGAAGGAAUCGGAAUCACUGAUUGAACCAGAAACAGGGAAGCAUGAGCAGCUUGAAAGAGAACCAGAAAAAUGUCUGGACCUGGAGCCAGAGAAGGUCCUAGAAUCUGAUUGUCCAGAACUAACUGACCUGGAGUCAGUGAAGCCGCCUGAAGCAGUGAACCAGCCAGAAUAUGGAAAUCUGGUGGAACCAGAACCAGAGGAUGAUGUGGAACCGGAACCAGAGGAUGAUGUGGAACCGGAGCCCGUGAAGCAGCUUCAACCCGAACCGGAGCCCAUGAAGCAGCCGGAACCCGAACCAGAGCCCGUGAAGCAGCCGGAACCCGAACCAGUGCCCGUGAAGCAGCCAGAACCCGAACCGGAGCCCGUGAAGCAGCCGGAACCCGAACCGGAGCCCGUGAAGCAGCCGGAACCCGAACCGGAGCCUGUGAAGCAGCCGGAACCCGAACCGGAGCCUGUGAAGCAGCCAGCACCCAAACCGGAGCCCGUGAAGCAGCCAGCACCCAAACCGGAGCCCGUGAAGCAGCCAGAACCCAAACCAGAGCCCGUGAAGCAGCCAGCUGCAGAACCGGAGCCCGUGAAGCAGCCAGCUGCAGAACCGGAGCCCGUGAAGCAGCCAGAACCCAAACCAGAGCCCGUGAAGCAGCCAGCUGCAGAACCGGAGCCCAUGAAGCAGCCAGAACCCAAACCAGAGCCCGUGAAGCAGCCAGCUGCAGAACCCGAACCUAUGAAACAGUCCGAACCAAAACUUGAAAAGCGGAUGGAGUCGGAACCUUUGAAGCAACUAGAGCCAGAACUUGAGAAACUGGUUCAACUGGAACCACAGCAGAUACCAGAAGUAAAUAAACACACAGAAACAGAGAAACUAGAACCAGAGGCACCUGAGAAGCAACCAAAUGUGGAAGCAGAGAAUAAACCAGAAACUGAGGAACAGUUAGAGACCGAGUCAGUGAAGAAACCUGAAGAGUCUGAGAAACAGGAACAGGAGGCACAAGAGGAGCAACAGCAGGCAGCUGCAGUGGAUACACCUGGUCCGAUUGUCCCGGGUUCACUUGCCUUUGCUUUCCUGGAGGAGGAGCAUACCGAGACAGCCCUGCGCACAUCUCGUACCCUCAUCAUUCUCAGGGGUCUGCCUGGAAGCGGCAAGAGCCGAUUAGCUGAUGCCAUCCAUGAUCGUUUCCAGGGUCUCUGCGCUGUCGUCUCUGCUGAUGACCACAAUGUCAAACCUGAAAACCAGGCCUCAUCAGUGGAGGGGCACAAGGCUCUGGAUGAGGCAGUAGCAGCCAGUUGUACCACUGGGACGGCAGUAGUAGUGGUGGAUGACACUAACCACACCCAUGGUCGACUGGCCAGGCUGUGUGAACUAGCAGAACAGCACCAGUACUAUACUCUCUUCUUGGAGCCCCGCACUGAGUGGAGCCACGAUGUGGAGCAGCUGGUCCAGAAGAGUCAGCGAGGCCUGGACAAAAGCCAAAUCCAGGCCUUAAAGGGCCCCCUGGAGGAGACAUCCCUGCCCCUCUUCUUUGGCUGGUUUCUGUGCCCUGACUUCCAGGACAAGCUGAGAAGCAUGGCCAGAGACUUCCUGAAGACCCUUAAGGGCUUGGAAACCUUCAAGAACCACCUCAGUGAUUUUACUGGUGAAGCAGAGAAGGAAAUGGACCUGGAGCAGUACUUUCAAGGAAAGGGAGUGCUCCACUGCACCACCAUGUUCUGUGACUAUGGAAAAGCAGAGGGUGCCAAGGAAUACGCCGAGCAGCAGUGUGUAAGGGAUCGUUAUGGCAGCAUUUCGGAGGUGGAGGUGAGCGCCCUGUUUGUUACGCCCCGCACACUGGGCGCCAAAGUGUCCCUCACCGAGGAGCAGCUGCAGCUGUGGCCCGCUGGUGCAGAGAAGGAAGCCGCACCCAGCGCUGACCUGCCCCUGGGCAGCCGCGCCCAUGUCACCCUGGGCUGUGCGGAGGGGGUGGAGCCAGCGCAGACGGGGCUUGACCUGCUGGAGAUCGUCCAGCAGCAGAAGAAGGGUGAGGAGGGCGAGCGGGUGGAGGACCUGGAGCUGGGGCUGCUUACCUACUUGGGCAAGGGCCUGUGGGUGUUGAGCCUGCGUGAGCCCUGCGGCAUUCCGGCCUGCUUCACCAGCUACUACGGCCCCAAGAAGGAUGAUGGCAAGAAGGAGGUAGAGAAGAAGAAGAAGUUCAAGUGCAGCCUCCAGUGAAGCAGGAUUAGGCAUUGGCUGGGUAGCUCGAACUCUUUCCACUUUGUUUUUGGUGUAGGUGAUGCAUGCUUUUAGAUGUAUUCCCUCCCCUGGUUCGGGCGAUCAGGGGAGUGUGUUAGUAGGCCCACAGCCUUGGAAAACCCUGCCCCCCCCUGCUCAGCAGCACAACCAAAGAGGCCUUGAAACCGGUGUAUGGUUCCACUGUGCUCUAUGUUCAGUCACUGUCAUCAUCAGUUACAGAACUGCUUGAUGGCUGCUUCACUACCCUUCAUACUAUUCAACACACUAUAGCCCCUCAUCUGGUGUUCUCAAGUGUUCAAAUUGAUGGGUAACAGUGGGGCUACAUGUCCAUUGGGUGUGGGGUUCUGAGAUUGUUUUAUGCUCAUUGAAUAAUGAUGUAUUAAGUUUGCACAUAUGGAGAAGUUAUCCCACUCAAAUUGAAAGGUUGCAUGCUGGGUAAAUUGGGAAGCUGCCUUAUGAAACACUCUAAACGAUUGGGGAAGAGCAUAUUUUGUGACUGGUCAUUUGCUGUGGCUUACACUUAUGAAUUGAAUGUUACAGCCGUGUUGUGGUGUUCCUCGUGUGUGUUAAUGGGCGUGGAGGGGAAAGCAUUGUAAUUUUCAUUGUGGGCCAAAGAGAUGAUCUUGGGCGUAAGUCUAUGUGAGUGUGAUUUGUGAUGUCUUAGACUGUGAAACCUAUCCAUAGAGAUCCUUCCUGCAGAUUACUUUGCACAAUGCUGCAGUACACAAAGGGAGAAUACUGAUGAAUGUGCAGUUUGUAGCAUUAGAUGGUAUAAGGUGAUUAGUGUACACAUCAAUUACUGUGAAUCUUAUUUUUACAAGUCCAUUAAUGCAUUUCCGCAUCAAAAGCUGUAGUACUUUAAAUUGCACUUAUUUUUCUUCUCUCGCUUUCUCUU